AUGGCUCCAAUUAGAUGUAACAAGAAUAAAAAGGAUAAGAAUGUCUUGGUAACUCCUCCAUCCAGACCUCCCCGCAACCAAAAAUACCUAAAUGCGGGUCUAUUACGAGGAAAAACACCGAGUGAGGUAUCCUUAAUUAUCCGCCAACCCAGAGAACCAUGUGCUGAUUCCUCUGCAUCGUCAUCUUCAUCAUCUGAUGUUAUAUCUACAACCCCAAGCGAUGAAGAAGAAGAAGAAGUCGCGGAACAUGAAGAAAUUCCUUUAGUAGGUGAAUAUGAUGCUUAUGAUUAUGAGGAGGAUGGUAAUCAAGGUAAUGGUGGUGAUGGAGGGAAUGGUGGUGAUGGAUCGAAUGGUGGUAAUGAGGUGGCAGAGACUGAGGAAGAGGGGGAUCAAGGUAAUGAUGAUGAUGAGGAUGAGGAUGGGAAUUGUGGUGGUAGCAUUGAUGAAGAGGGGGAUGAGGAUGAUGGUAAUGAUGGAAAUGGUAAGGAAAGAAAUGAUGGCAGUAGCGGUGAUGAUGAUGAUUAUGAGGAGGAGAUUCAGGAGGAUGAGGAGGAUGCUGUGCAACCACAGCCACAGCCACAACCGAAACCGAAGGAGAAAGUCCCAAAUAAACCAAGCGUGCGGCACAUUCCACCCAUGCGUUUGCAGAUUACUCGUCUACCCGGUGGGAAAGCCAGAGGUGAACCUAAAGAUGGCGGCAAAGUUUUAUUCGGAUAUGAUAGCUCGAUCAUAAGAAUGCCACUUUUUAGACACCAAUCUUCUUAUGCAAAAAUGAAAAAAUGGCCCUUAGAAGGUGAAUGUCCAAGAGUGAGAGCCAUUGUUGAAAACUCAGGUUUGUAUGCUGCCGUUCAAAACUCCGUGAUUGCAUAUGACAAGGAUGCAGUAUCAUAUUUUACGGAGAGACGGAGAACAACUAGCCAACUAACACAAGAACGUGCUCAAAAGGGAGAUGGUGAUGAUCAAGGUAGUGGAGAAGAAGGUGGUUCUCAAGGAAGUCCUGGACAGGGUCCUUCAAAGAAAAAUCGGACAUCAUCAAGUCGGGGAAGUCAGAGAGGUCGAGGCGGAGGUCGAGGUCGAGGUGGUAGUAGUGGGUGA